ACCAAAUGGAAACUUGCGCAUACAUUGAUGCCUACUUACGAAAAGCGGCAGAAAAUGGCGAAUUUGAUCCAUUCAAAAAUGUUCAACCACCUCUUGAUAGGCUACUUUCCCCAAAGAAAAACACAAUAUUGCAUAUUUACCUUAGCACUACAAGUAAGAGACAUCCCCAGUUUAUAGAGGGGAUACUUGGACUUUGUCCGUCACUGUUAUUGAAGGUCAAUGUCCACGCUGAUACUCCGUUACACAUUGCAGCAAGGUACGGGCAUGUUGAUGCAGCAGAAGUGCUAAUCAAACAGGCAAAGGGUGAUGAAAUAGAUUUAGAGAGCGGAGAAGGGCCAACAGAUAGUAAAAUGGCAGCAGUAAGGAAGAUGUUAAGGAUGACAAAUAAAAAUAAAGAAACGGCCUUGCAUGAGGCGGCACGAAACGAAAGAAGUCGGGACAUUGUGAAAGCAAUAAUGCGUAAUGAAGAUCCAACAAAGUUUACAUAUUCUGCCAAUAAUAAUGGGGAAACUCCGCUUUACCUAGCUGUUAAAAAUAGAAAUAUGGAGAUAGCUUUUGAACUAUUAAAUCAUCCCGAUUCACAAUUACUGGCUUAUGGUGGUCCCAAUGGUAAAACGGCAUUACAUGAGGCAAUAGUGCUGCACUUCGAAGAUAACGACUUCACAGAUGAAGGGCAGAGGAAGUCGUUGUGGGAGAAAUACAGAUCCUUAUACGGCAAUAAAAAUGAGGAAGAUGACAAUCAAUCAUACACGGAGCUUGUGAUACCACGCAUGCUAUUGUAUGAAAUGGGAAGCUUGACCAAAGUAACAGAUGAAAAGGGAUGGACUCCACUUCACUAUGCUGUGUACAGAAGAAAACGGUUAGCGGUCAGCAUCCUAUUACGCUUUGAUAUAUCUAGUGCCUGUAUUGCUGAUAAAUGUUGGAAGAGGACUGCUCUUCACAUUGCAGCCUGUCGAGGCUUCCAAGACAUAGUGAAAGAGAUCAUUUCUGAAUGCCCAGAUUGCUGCGAACUUACUGAUAUUAGAGGCUGGAAUGUUAUUCAUUAUGCAGUGAUCAGCAAAAGUGAUGAAGUACUGAAAGAAGUGCUCAAAUAUUCAUCAUUGAUUUAUCUUUUAAAUGAGAAAGAUGUUAAAGGAAAUACGCCUGUCCAUUUAUAUAAGGCUUGCCAUCCUCGUUUGCCUCCUUUCAUGCGACAUGGAGAUACUGAUAUGUUCAACCAUUGGAGCACAUUGCACAAGCAAAUUCAAACGGAAGGAGACUUUUCAUCAAAAAAGAACGAAAUUUUAGCGUGGAUGGAAGACCUUGGCACUGGACCAUUGGGGAAAAUUGAAAUGCGAAACAAAGAAAGAGCAGAGACAAAAGAAAAUAUAAUACUUAAAUUUGAAAAGGUCAAAGACUCUCAUUUGGUGGCUGCAGCAAUUAUAGCAACAGUAACGUUUGCGGCAAUGCUCACCAUGCCUGGAGGUUAUAUAAGUGAUAAAAAUGAUUUAAAGAAAGGGACUCCUAUCUUAAGUGGAAAUUCAGCUUUUAUAGCAUUUAUGAUAUCAGACACUAUAGCUAUGGUUUUAUCUACUUCUUGUGUCUUUAUCCACUUUAUAUUGGUGAUGUUAGGAUAUCUGGAAAGAUACUAUUGGUUGAUAAGAUGUGCCUUCAGCUUCCUCUUCUAUGCUAUGGUAGCAAUGGUGAUUACAUUUGUGACGGGCGCUUAUGCAGUUUUAGCACCUUCCUUUGGAUAUGGCAUUUGUGUCAUUGGUUUGAGCUUCUUCUGCUUCAUAUUUUAUUCGAUCAUAAGCGUAACAUGGAGUUUAUUUCUUUCGGGCAAUGAUGAUGAAGAAGUUAAUAGCUACAGAUAUCAAAUAACAACUUUCUCUUGGCUGACUGGCGGAAUAUUUUGGUUGGGUUUCUAGCACAUUGCCCUUCAUUUGGAGCUUCAACAUAUGUUUAGAAAGUUUAGAAAGCAUCGGAAGGAGUAAGUCAACAGAUUCAUCAGGUAAUAUCAGAUGCCAAGAAAAAGAGACAUCCUUGCUAUUACCUCAUGAGAUGUAAAUGGUGUCUUCCUUCAUAUGGAUGUGUUUAAUUUAAUUUUCACUUUUUAAAUUUUUACUUUAAAAACAUUUAGAAGGAAUAUAUGUUAAUUAUUAGGGUAAUGCCUUACGACACCAAGACACUUAUA